AUGACUCGCCUUCUCGUCACUCUUCUCGCCGCGGCGGCUGCCGUCAACGCCGUGCCCGUUGCCCAAGGCGGCGGCGACGCCCCGACCCCGACGGCCACCAACCUGCCCUCGUGGCCCACUCCAACUGGCACCGUCCCGCCCUUCCCCUUCCCGACUGGCGGUGAGGGCCCCGGUGGCCCUGGUGGCCCCGGCGGUCCUGGCGGUCCGGGAGGCCCCGGAGGUCCUGCUCCGACCGGUGGCUGGCCCGGCUGGGGCGGCCACGGCCACCACGAACGCCGCCAGGCUUGGCCUACCGGUGGCUGGCCCGGCUGGGGUGGCCACGGACACGACGAGCCCCGUCAAGCUCGGCCUACCGGUGGUUGGCCCGGCUGGGGCGGCCACGGCCACCACGAACGCCGCCAGGCUUGGCCCACCGGUGGCUGGCCCGGCUGGCCUGGCAACGGCGGCGGUAACGGCGGUGCUCCCCCGGCCUGGCCCACCGCUUGGCCCGGUCAGGGCGGCAACGAGCCCCCUGCGUGGCCCCCCAAGCGCCACGGCUCGCGCGACGCGCCGUUGAAGGAGGAACAGUAA